ACCAUGGGACCCAGGGAAGGCUCAUAGGGUAGGGUGGGAGCUCCCAGCACCUGGGAAGGAACUGGUGCUCACCCAUCGGGUGGCUGCCACCCAGGAGAGGACUCAGCCAGAGGCUGCUGUUGACCCUCUGAAGCUGUCCCAUGCUCUUGCUGGGCUCCACGGUCACCACUCUUGCCCAUCACUGCUUCUGUCCAAAUGCUCCAACACAGCCUCUGCGGGACACUUCAUCUCUGUUCUCCAGAAGUUUGGCUGUGUGUGGCGGCCCUGGCUUCCCGAUCUCCCUGACCGCAAUAGGGGAGCAGGGUUGGAGAGGCCUGGUGAAACCCUGAUAUGUUGGCCUCAAGUGUAGGUAGCAAGGACAGCAGAAAGAGGAGGCAGAGUGAGGCACGAGGCCUGCAGUGUUUUGAGCUGCGUGCCGGUGCUGCUUGCCUCAUGUGGCUCAUCUACUGGGAGGUCCUGGGAAGGGGCUGGUGCCUCCCGGCAGAUUCCCACUGCCAGCCCCUCCUACCGAGCCCAGCUGAGCCGCACUGAUUCUGUGGAAUGGAAACUGCAAUCCAGUCUCCCCAGAGAGGCUGAAAUGCUGGUUCUUUGCUGAGGUGUCCUUGAGAAAAGCCGCCGAGCAGGUCUCCGCCGGGCAGGUCUGUUCAUGACUCCUAGCAACACUUCCCUCAAAACCCCUCUCUAGGAAACUGCCAGCAGCCGCUCUCUGCUGUCAAAACUCCUGAAAGUUCUCCCUCAAAUGCAGCGCAAACAGCGUCUUCCCUUUUCUUUCUGCCUUCCUGGAUCUGCCUUCCUGGAUCUGCCCUCCUCUGGGCUCUUUGUAGCAUGAAUUCAUCUCCCUGGGCCUGGCCCUUGCCUGGGAGAUGCAUCCAAGGGCACCUCACGAUCUUCUCUAUCUCCACAGAUCUGUCCUGUGAUGCGGCUGCUGCUACCACCAUCCUGGGAGGGGACCGGCGGGAACCCUGUGCUCUGACCCCAGGGCCCAGCCACCUGGCCCUCACGUUUCUGCCUAGCAAGCCGGGUGCCCGGCCCCAGCCCGAGGGAGCCAGCUGGGAUGCAGGGCCUGGUGGGGCAACCUCAGCUUGGGCGGACCCAGCGGAGGGCGGCCCGAGCCCUAAGCUCCUCCCUGAGAGCCUGUCCCAGGCUCUGCCCACUGAGGCUCCUCUCCCUGCCACCCUGGAGCCCCGGAUUGUGAUGGGAGAGGAGACAUGCCAGGCCCUCCUGUCACCCAGGGCUGCCCGGACAGCGCUCAGGGACCAGGAGGGUGGGCACACAAGCCUGGACCCACCCCCCGAGCUGUGUUCUCAGGGUGAUCUUUCUGUGCCUUUCCCUCUCCCAGACCCUGACUCCUUCUUCACGCCUCCCUCCACCCCCACCAAGACCACCUAUGCCCUGCUUCCUGGCUCCGGUCCCCAUGGGGACGCCCAGGACUCAGAGGCUGAGAUGCAGGAUGAGCUGCUGGACUCACCCCCUGCCUCGCCCUCGGGCUCCUACAUUACGGCUGAUGGGGACAGCUGGGCCUCUUCACCCUCCUGUUCCCUCAGCCUACUGGCUCCAGAUGAAGGGCUGGACUUCCCCUCAGGCUGGGGCCUGUCCCCCCAGGGGUCCAUGGCAGACGAACGAGAGCUGCACCUUGCAGGGACCCCAGAGCCCCAAUCCUCUGAGUCCAGCCUCUCUGCAGACAGCAGCUCCUCCUGGGGCCAGGAGGGCCACUUCUUCGACCUGGACUUCCUGGCCAAUGACCCGAUGAUCCCGGCAGCCCUCCUACCCUUCCAAGGCAGCCUCAUCUUCCAGGUGGAGGCAGUGGAGGUGACACCACUAUCCCCAGAGGAAGAAGAAGAGGAGGUCGAGGCAGCUCCCGGCCCAGGCGGGGACCUGGCAGGGGAGGGUGAGGAGGACAGCACGUCUGCCUCCUUCCUCCAGUCACUGUCUGACCUGUCCAUCACGGAGGGCAUGGAUGAGGCCUUCGCCUUCCGGGAUGACACCUCUGCAGCCUCCUCUGACUCGGACUCAGCCUCCUACGCAGAGGUAGAUGAUGAAAGGCUGUACAGCGGGGAGCCCCACGCCCAGCCCACCCUGCUCCAGGACAGUGUCCAGAAGACAGAAGAGGAGAGCGGAGGCGGGGCUGAGGGGCUGCAGGCUCUGGAAGGGACUGUGUCCUUGGCCUUGGAGCCUGUUUCUCAGACCUCAGACAGAGGGGCCCAUCUCUCCCAGAGACAGGAAUCCUUCUCAGAAGUAACAGAAGACGGCCUUGCUUUAGGCCAGGAGUCCACUGCCACUGUGACCCCUCACACUCUGCAGGUAGCCCUAGGCCUCCAGGUGGAGGUGGCUACCAGGAUGACUCCUCAGGCUGGGGAGGAAGAAGUGGACUCCACCCCUGGGCAAGCACCUGCUGCCAUGGCAGUGCCUCAGCCCUCCCAGGAGGGCAUCAGUGAGAUCUUAGGCCAAGAGUCUGUCACUGCAGAAAAACUUCCAACUCCACAGGAAGAAGCAAGCCUCACAUUGUGUCCAGACUCUCCGCAGAACUUGAAGGAAGGAGGAGGACUGGACCUCCUGUCAGGCCCGAAGCCUGUGGCUACAGCCACACUUGUGCCCCAGCAGGCUGAAGACGGCCUCACCUUACCCCAGGACUCCGCUGUGACAUCACUUCUGCCCCGACAAGACACAGACCUCCCGUCAGGCCCAGAGCCUGUGGCUAUAACCACACUUGUGCUCCAGCAGGCUGAAGAUGCCCUCACCUUACCCCAGGACUCCGCUGUGGCUGUAACCACACUUGUGCCCCAGCAGGCUGAAGAUGCCCUCACUUUAACCCAGGACUCUGCUGUGGCUGCAGCCACGCUUGUGCCGCAGCAGGCUGAAGACGGCCUCACAUUACCCCAGGACUCUGCUAUGACAGCACCUUUGCCUCUACAAGACACAGGCCCCACCUCAGUUCCAGAGUCUCUGGCUGUGGCCACCCCUCAGACCUUGCAGGCAGAAGCAGACUGCACCCCAGGGACAGAGUCCGUGGCCUCCAUGGCUCAGCAGGAAGCAGGUGCAGCCUUAGGUCCCAGGCCAGCACCUGAGAACAUAGCCCUCCCUAGAGUCCCAGAGCCUGCAGCCUUGGACCAGGUCCAACAGGAUGACCCACAGCCAGCUGCAGAAGCUGGGACACCUUGGGGCGCACUGGAAGAUGUGGGUCCCACCUUGGGCCUGGAGGCCCCCCAUCUCCCUGAGCCUGCCUCUGGUAUGGGGGAGGAAGUAGCAGAAGCCCUUCCUAUGCCCAAACGGCAAGCAUGUCUGGGAGCCCGAGUGCACACAGGUGAUGGGGACUUGCCCCCAAAGGAGACCCUGGAGGCUGAGAACCAGCAGGGAGGAGGCCUCAAGCCACCGGCUCGGGCAUGUGGACCUGGGUCAGCCCUGGGAGGUGCAGGGGAGGUCCCCGAGGCUCCUCCUGCUGCCUGCCCUGAGGUCAGCCAGGCCCGGCUCCUGAGCCCAGCCAGGGAGGGAAGAGGCCCGAGUGGCAAGUUCACCCUGGAGCCCAGACUUCCCUCAGCUGUGGCCACAGAAGCCUGUCUGGACUCCUGCCCAGAGUCUUCAGUAGGGGCUGUGUGCAGGCUGGACGGAAGCUGCCCUGAAAUGCCUGCCCCCACAUCUGCACCAACCUCCCAGCAGCCGGAGCCUGUGCUGGGCCUGGGCAGUGUUGAGCAAUCCCAGGAAGCACCUAUUGUCCUUGGCCCCCACUUGCUGCAGCCCCCAGAAAACCUUGCAAAGGGUCUGCCCAGCUUACCCCUGGACAGGCUCCUGGGCCCUGACCCUUCUGUUCCUGGUGUCCUUGCUGAGGCAGCCCUACCCCCACUGGACCCCCCAGCCCCCUGCCUGUGCCAGGACCCCCAGGAAGACUCCGUGGAAGACAAGGAGCCCCCAGGCUCUCUGGGCCUCCCACCGCCCCAGGCAGGAGCCCAGCCUGCCACUGUUGCUGUCUCAGGAACCACACAGCCUCUGGGGAUUGAGCUGGGAGUCAGCCUCUCGCCUCACUCCCCACUCCUCAGCCCCAAGGUGGCCCCCACGGAUGCCAAAGACCUGGCCUUGCAGAUCUCGCUCCCUUGCCAAGUGCCUCCUCGCUCUGGGCCCCAGAGCCCAGCUGGCCCUCAAGGGCUCUCAGCCCCCGAGCAGCAAGAGGACGAGGACAGCCUGGAGGAAGACUCACCUCGGGUCCCGGGCUCAAACCAGCAUUCGGAUAGCCACGGGGAGUCGUCAGCCGAGCUGGAUGAGCAGGACAUCUUGGCUCCUCAAACUGCACAGUGUCCAGCCCAGGCCCCAGCAGGCGGCAGUGAGGAGACCAUCGCCAAAGCCAAGCAAAGUCGCAGCGAGAAGAAGGCCCGAAAGGCGAUGUCAAAGCUGGGCUUGCGGCAGAUUCAGGGAGUCACCAGGAUCACCAUCCAGAAGUCCAAGAACAUUCUCUUUGUCAUCGCUAAGCCUGACGUCUUCAAGAGCCCAGCCUCAGACACUUACGUGGUCUUUGGCGAGGCCAAGAUUGAGGACCUGUCCCAGCAAGUGCACAAGGCUGCAGCUGAGAAGUUCAAGGUGCCCUCAGAGCCCUCGGCCUUGAUCCCUGAGUCAGCACCCAGGCCCCGGGUGAGGCUGGAGUGCAAGGAAGAGGAAGAUGAGGAGGAAGAGGUGGACGAGGCGGGGCUGGAACUGCGUGACAUUGAGCUGGUGAUGGCGCAGGCCAAUGUGUCCAGGGCCAAGGCCGUGCGGGCUCUGAGAGACAACCACAGUGACAUUGUCAACGCCAUCAUGGAACUGACCAUGUAGCCACUGACCAGAAGCUGGAGCCAUCCUUCGCCUUUCCUUAGCUCUGCUACUCAAUAAAUCGGUGUCCCUUCAUUGCC